CACAGCCAUCUUCCUAGCUAUAAGAUCGUUGGUGGGAAGUGCCAACCGCACUCUUCACAGCCAGAAAAACCCCAGGGAUGUGUAACCAGCAAUUGUAUCUACUAAGCAUACUUACCUUGUCCUAGUAGCUAUGAUUCAUAGACAAGAGCGCCAGCACCGUGUGAGGCAUCAUGCCUGUGCUAUGUACCUGUGUGUUCAAGAGCCAACACGUCAUCUUUAUGUGUUUUAUUAUGCAUCCUACUCUGCACAGAGUGUGCUGCAAAUCACCUUCAUUAUCUACAGGGCCAGGAGGAGACAGAUAGGUCAGAAUGGACGUAUUAGCCUCACAGUAAAGGAGAGAUGUGUUACAGGCCGGGCACUUCCAUCCUGCUGUGGGUGAGCUUCCAGUCGCUAUGCCUGUCCUCCUUCUCAGCGACUAGGCCAGCAAUGGCCAUAUAGGGUUCGAAGAGACUUGGAGUACGAGUGCGGUACAGAGAGCCGGCUCGCCGCUCUCGUCAUGCCCUAUAAAAGACUGUUUUUCUGCGCUAGAGAAACACAAGGUGAGAGCAGAUCCCCCCAAACACUCAGGAAGGAAAGAGUUUACACGGCUGCUUAUUCCGCCAAUGGGAGCACAGGAGGCGCCAAGCUCAACAGCCAAUCACAGCACAGCAGGCAGUGUAUAUUAGAGACAUCCAGAUCUGAGAGAGAGUUUUACUUAGUACUUCUGUAUUAGGUAUUUUGUUGUACGCUAACAUGGCAGAAACUGCACCAGCCGCCUCCGGUGUCCCUAUAUCAGAGGGCGAGGCCAAAAAGAAGAGGCAGCCGAAGAAAGCUGCAGGGGGAGCCAAGAAAAGCUCCAAAUCUUCCGGACCCAGCGUCUCCGAGCUGAUUGUAAAAGCCGUGGCCGCCUCCAAGGAGCGCAGUGGAGUUUCUCUUGCCGCCCUGAAGAAGGCUCUGGCUGCCGGAGGCUACGAUGUGGAGAGGAACAACUGCCGCAUCAAAGUGGGGGUGAAAGGAUUGGUGACCAAAGGAACGCUCACCCAGGUGAAAGGCACCGGCGCUUCCGGCUCCUUCAAACUCAAUAAGCAGGUGGAAAGCAAGAAGGCCGCCCAGAAGCCCAAGAAACCAGCGGCAAAGAAAGUGGCCAAAUCUCCGAAGAAGCCCAAGAAAGCUCCGAGUGCAGCCAAGAGCCCCAAGAAGGUGAAGAAACCCGCAAAAGCGGCUGCUGCCAAAAGCCCAAAGAAGCCUAAAACUGUGAAGCCUAAGAAGGCGGCCAAGAGUCCGGCCAAGAAGGCACUGAAACCCAAAGCGACAAAAAGCCCGGCCAAGAAGGCAGCUAAGCCCAAGAAAACUGCGGCCAAGAAGUGAUAAAAGAGCCGCCGCAGCCUCGCUUCCAUGUUAUCCCCACAAAGGCUCUUUUCAGAGCCACUCACCCUGUCCCGGCAGAGCUGUAGGCGCACGACGUCACCUGUAGAGUGAUUAAUAGCAUAC